UGACCAGAUUUUUCUUGCGAGAGAUGAAAAACAACUUUGUUUACUUUCACCUUUUGUCACGUGAUUCACCAACCAAUCAGCGUCGAUUAUUGGAAGGCGGCAAAGAAGAUUUCCACCAAUCAGCAAUCGCAAACAAUCAUGGCGUCUAACGCGGACAAGCAAGAAAAGAAACGAAAAGAGAGCAUUCUCGAUUUGACGAAGUACCUCGAGAAAAACAUUCGCGUCAAAUUCGCUGGCGGCCGGGAAGCGUAUGGGGUGUUGAAGGGUUUUGACCCUUUGCUCAACCUCGUCUUAGACAACACAACUGAAUUCCUCAGAGAUCCGGAUGAUCCAUACAAACUGACCGACGACACUCGACAGUUGGGCCUUGUUGUUUGCCGAGGGACGGCCGUGGUAUUGAUCUGUCCGAUGGACGGGAUGGAGUCUAUUACGAAUCCUUUUGUGCAGUCUGAGUGAUUCCGUGGCAUUUAUGAACUAAUUCUGCUCUCAUUUUGACCUCAGUUAAAAUAAUCAUUAUGUUCCAUGUAAAAACUUAAAGUGAAAUAAAUAAAAAAGCUAAAUUGAAGAAAAAA